GCGCUUCAGCCCAAACCAACGUGACCACUGCUGCGCUCUCUGCCUCUCUCGCUCACGGUUCGCACGAACAGAGCACGCAGGGGUCAGGGGAGAAAAGAGAAGCGACACGGACGGACAGCAAGCCAGCAACCCUAGGGCGAUUCAGUCGAUCCAAGCGGAGGCGGCGGCGGGCCGGCGGCGUGGCGCGGCUACGAACAGCGGGCGACGGCCGGCGGCCGGCGAACCAGCAACCGCGGCGCGGCGAACGACCACCAGCGAGCGGCGAUUCGGCGACGCGAUGUCCAGCCAGAGCCAGAGCCACGGCAAGGGGAAGGGGCCGACGGGCAAGAUGAAAAAGAAAAGUGCUGCUGAUAGUGCCAUAUUUACAAUGUGGGGAAAAGCUUCAAAAGCAAAAAAGAUUGAUGAAAGAUCAACACCUAGUCAGCCUGAGAGUAGUCUGCAAUUGGUUCUAUUUCAAGCACCGGAUGCAGGACUUGAACCGGAGAGCAGCGGCGCAAACCCAGUCCCAAUUAUGGUAGAUAAUGAAGAAAUUGAUGAAGAUGAUGAUGAACCAACACAAGCUGAUUUGGGGGCACUUGAACAUGAUCCUGGGAAGCGAAUUCCCAUCUCAAGGUAUGCUGUCAAUGACCAAGAUAGAGUGAGGAUGAGAUACAUUGAGUUGGGGCCAUGUCAACCAAAGAACCAUAAGUUCAAGGUUACAAAAAAAAGUGGAAUGGACCGUCGCUUUUGCCAUUCUUGGUUUAAAGAAUUUCCAUGGAUUGAAUAUAGUGUAGAAAAAGAUGCUGCUUUCUGCUUUGUUUGCUACUUGUUCAAGGAUAGAACAAAAAGUCCGGGUGGAGAUUCAUUUGUGAAGAAUGGGUUUAGGAAUUGGAACAUGAAAAAGAGAUUGGUGAAACAUGAAGGUCAGGUUAGUAGUGCUCAUUGUGAAGCUCAAGAGAAAUACGAUAUGUUCACUACACCGUUUGCAUCAAUCCGGGAGUCUCUUGCUGCAAACACGUCCCAAUAUAAGGCUUUGUAUCUUAAGCGUUUGACAUGGACACUCAAGUGUUUGAGAUUUCUAUUGCGUCAAGGCUUGGCAUUUAGAGGACAUGAUGAAAGUGAGGACUCAGUCAAUAAAGGGAAUUUCCUUGAGCUUUUAAAUUGGCUAGCGGGAAAUUUUGAAGAGGUUGACAAGGUGGUUCUGAAUAAUGCUCCACAUAACUGCAAGAUGAUUCACCAUGAUGUACAACAAGAGCUGAUAAAAUGUUGUGCACAAGAGACUACAAAACGAGUCAUUGAAGAGCUUGAUGGUGGUCAGUUUGCCAUACUUGCAGAUGAGUCUAGUGAUGUGUAUCAGAAUGAACAACUGGCUAUUUGUUUGCGUUUUGUUGAUAAAAAAGGAAGGGCAGUUGUAAGAUUUCUUGGUGUUGUUCAUGUUGCAGAUACUACCUCUUUGACACUUAAGUCUGCAAUUCAACAAAUGCUAAUGAAGUACAAUCUGACCUUUGCAAUGGUGCGUGGGCAAGGAUACGAUGGAGCUAGCAACAUGAAAGGUAAUGCUAAUGGCUCGAAAAACCGAUCAUGGAUGAAAGAUGAGGAUGCUUCGGAUUGCUCAAGCCGAAGAACCGAUAGCCGCAUUGGAUUUGGAAGAAGUGGAAACAGGGACUGGGCAGAAUCAGGAAAUGGGUUUGGGAAGGCCAUGUGA